UUCCAUUUCGACACGUAGGAAGUCACGUGGUGUCUGGCGGGGCCAUCGACUGGGGCUCGCGCUAUUUAACAAUCGAUAUCAACUGUGUCAACAUGAAAACGAAAAAGCAAGCAUAGGAACUUUCGCCCUACUGACAGAAAACAUGAGGAAAACCUUUACUUUAUUUGUACUCUACACAUUCACCGUUGAAAAAUCGUUUUGUGACACAACAGAAGACUACACUGGAUCAGGCAUCAACCAAGACAGUGCGGAUGACGGUGACAUGGAUGGAGUGUUGGAAAGCACACCCACACAAAAUGUUCCUGAACUCAAAUUGGAUGAUUUGAAACAGCUCGCCCAAGACACAAAGGAUGCCAUUUUUAUAGAAGGGAAACGCUUCUUUGAGCAUAAGGACAUUGUUACAGCAAUUGUUGCAGGGGGAAUUUUAGGUGCUGUACUUGCCACUGUCCUGGCAGCUCUCUUUAUCUUGAAAUGGCAGAAUUGUAGCAGGAAGAGCUACACAGCAGGCCAGCAAACAACCUCGCAAGAUGAUGAUCUUUGAUCCAGAUUCUUUACUUAUUUUUGAUGAUUUGUUUUUAACUGCAGAUAUUUUAAGUACUGUCAAUAAGUUAUUUUUUUUACACAAUUAAAAGAUUAACAAUAGAAUAGAAUAAGAGUCGUUACAUGAUUAUUUUCAUUCCUUUUUUUGGGGGGGGGGGUUCUGUUAAAUUAUGCAUAUUGAAGAUAACAUGAUAAUUCCAUGUUAUCGCGCUGCACUAUAUUCAUUCCUUCAUCUUUUGUGCCACUUAUCCUCUUGAGGGUCGCAGGGGUGCUGGAGCCUCUCCCAGCUGACUAUGGGCAGUAGCCAGGGUACACCCUGAAUUGGAUGCCAGCCAACCGAAGCUUUUGUUGGUCAAUCAUAUUUUCUCAAAUGAUGUUUGAUGUUUUUCAGCUGAGAAAUCAGCUACACUUUUUUUUUUUUUUGACUUUUAAGGACUGACUGGAGUUAAUGUAAAAAAUGUAUCCCUUUGGUAGAAUGUGUAUAUUUUACUGUAAUGUGAAUUUUCUGCAAUGGGAUGGUAAAUCAAAGGACUGUUUUUUCUUUCCUCAAUACUGACGUAUUUUACCAUAUAUUACACCUGAUUUGCAACAUUCGGUGUGUUAAAAUAUAAACUUUAUUAUUAAUGUAUCUGAUUUGGGAUUUUUCGUGGUAGUAGAGUUGGAUUUUUUUUUUCUCAUUAGAUGAAUUGUGCAUAUUCUCAGUUUACAUGAAGUUGUGUCUAUGCAAGGUAAUUACAAUUUGUCAGUAUUAAAGUUCAUUUUAUUUUA